AUGGCGGACGGCGAGAAGCGGCGCCACGCCGUGCACCACGUCGGCAUGAGCCAGCGCGGCAACAUCCUCGUGGUGCUAGCACCCUCCGCGGACACCGUGGCGGGGAGCUUCGAAAGCUUCGCGGAGAGCGAGCAGCUGGUGCCCUUCAUGCGCGACGCGCUUUCGGUGGUUGAGAGCGAAUUGGGCUUGACCUCCUACCAUCUUCGCCUGUUGCCCUGGAGUGCCAUCACCAGCGACGAGUCCUUGACCUUGUUGCUCUUCUCCGAAGGGGCGGAGGCGGUGGCGGAGCAGGGCCAACGAUGCGGCUUCGUGGUGUACGUCGCCGGGAACAACGGCGUGGUGCGGUACAUCCCAGUCAUCGACGGGAUGGAUCGCUUAGAUGCGCCCAUCAACUACCAGGACGCGGAAGGAAAGGAGGUGGAGGUUCCUGACUUGACCUUGCGAAGCGUUCUGAUCCACGGGCAGGAGCCCGAGAGCCUCAUCCGUGGCAACUUGGACUUCCAGGGCCGUUCCUGCUAUGUGCUGGUGCUGGCGCCAGAUGCCCCCAGCGCGCGCCGCGCGGCCGCGAAGGAUGAGGUGGUGCGACGGCAGGCCGAGCUGGAUGAUGUGGAACUCGCCGAGCUUUGGAGGUCUGCGGUGUUGCUGGCGGGCCACCACGGCGGCUUUGAAGAGAUGCAUUUGAAUGCUGGGAACUUCCAGAAUGUGGCGCACAUGCACUUGAAGGUGUGGAUCGAGAAGGAGAAGUUCAGGUCCUUAUGGUUCGACCAGGAGGUCUACCGAAAGCUCUUGGAUGCGCGGCGGAAGCGAGAAGAGGCCAGAGAAACCGAAGACAGCGAACUGGCAAAAGCCAUCGCUUUAUCCUUGGAGUAG